UGCAACCUGAAAUCUCUUUUGGUUAGUCAGAGCCCGGGAAGCAGAGAGGGAGGCCGAAGGGAAGGAAGAGUCGGAGGGAAGAGGGGCUCCCUAGAAACCGCAGCGGCCAGAGCAGCAGGAGGAGAACGGACCGGCAGAGAGGGGCUGUUAAGCACUCCGGCAAAGUUGGGCUCCCGUUUGCUGGAACUCUGAACGGCCACAGCGGCGGAGUAGCAGCGGCUGCAGAAGCGUUGGCGACCCGGGUGCGGGUCCCAGAGAGCCAGGGGAGGAGCCCAGCCAUGAAGAUGAAUGCGCCCUGGACCCGAUUUUAUUCCAACAGCUGCUGCCUGUGCUGCCAUGUCCGCACCGGCACCAUCCUGCUGGGCAUCUGGAACUUGAUCAUCAAUGCAGUGGUACUUCUGAUCCUAUUGAGUGCCAUGGCGGAUCCAGAUCAGUAUCACUUAUCCAGUUCUGAACUGGGGGGUGACUUUGAAUUCAUGGAUGAUGCCAAUAUGUGUAUCGCGACUGCAAUCUCCCUUCUCAUGAUCUUGAUCUGUGCAAUGGCAACCUACGGUGCAUACAAGCAACACGCUGCCUGGAUCAUCCCGUUCUUCUGUUACCAGAUUUUUGAUUUUGCCCUCAACUCGCUGGUGGCGAUCAGUGUACUUGUUUACCCAAAUUCAAUCCAGGAAUAUAUACGCCAGCUGCCUCCUCAUUUUCCAUACAAGGAAGAUCUCAUGUCGGUGAAUCCUACUUGUCUAGUCCUUAUUAUUCUUCUCUUUAUCAGCAUUGUCUUGGCUUUUAAGGGGUACCUGAUUAGCUGUGUCUGGAACUGUUACCGAUACAUCAAUGGCCGAAACUCCUCUGAUAUCCUGGUUUACAUAACUACCAAUGAUACUACGGUGCUGUUACCACCUUAUGAUGACACCACUACAGCCUCAACAGCAAUGGGUGUAGGGGCAGGGGCAGGUGUGGGUGUGGGGUCCAUUGCGAGUGGGGGUGAGCCUGCAGUUAAAGAGCCUCCCCCACCCUACGUAUCUGCCUGAGCCAGAAGGUGACGUGGCCCCGGGAACGACGGCUUUCCUCAGACUUGUGAGCGAUAGUUCAUUCCUUCAGAGACGUGUCCUGUGAGAUGGCCUGUCUGUCACCGACCCCCGCAAUUGUCAAACCCUGAUAUCCCAUUACAAAUUUAUUGUCCAGAGUUUUAAAAAAUGUGUUUUCAGUCACAUCUUCUACCUGGUAGGCUGUGAAAUAUUUGUAUUUGUGUUAAGCCAAUAGAAGUUUCUUUCGCAAGACUUUAAAAAUUCAACAUUUGGAAAAUGGCCCUGAGUCUGGGAGCAGUUUCAUUUGGUAACCCAUGGAAGUCCCUAAAGCAAGUCGGGGUGAGGGGCUUUCUCCGUCUUUGUGCCCUUUAACUUUUGAAUGUGUACAGAAUAAAAUUAGAGGCAGGCAA